GCGCGCUCGCUCUCUGCACUCACUCCACCGGCGGUUUUCCGGCCAGCUGUGUGCUGCCGCUCCCGCUCCUGGAGCACCAGGCGCUCCCCCUGCGUGCCCGCGGUCCCGCUCCGGGCCCCGGGGCUCCAGACGCCGCCGCCUGACGGUGACAUGGGCGUUCCCCUGGUCCCGGAGGCCGGUGGCCGGCACUGGGGGCCUGUGCUCCUCGCUCUCUUCCUGGCUGCCUCCAGAGGUCUGGUGGCAGCCUUCAAGGUCGCCACGCCAUAUUCCCUGUACGUGUGUUCUGAGGGCCAGAAUGUCACCCUCACCUGCAGGAUCAUGGGCCCCACGGCCAAAGGGCACGACGUGACCUACUACAAGACAUGGUACCGCAGCUCGCGGGGCGAAGUGCAGGUCUGCUCGGAGCGCCGGCCCAUCCGCAACCUCACGUUCCAGGACCUUCACCUGCACCACAGCGGCCACCAGGCCAACACCAGCCAGGACCUGGCCCAGCGCUACGGGCUGGAAUCAGUCUCCGACCACCACGGCAACUUCUCCAUCACCAUGCGCAACCUGACCCCCAUGGACAGCGGCCUCUACUGCUGUCUGGUGGUGGAGAUCAGGCACCACCACUCGGAGCAGAGGGUCCACGGUGCCAUGGAGCUGCAGGUGCAGACAGACAAAGCAGCGUCAACCCGGUGCAUCGCGUACCCACCUUCACCCAGGGAGAGUGAAAGCAUCACAGCGGCUGCUCUGGCUACAGGCGCCUGCAUCGUGGGCAUCCUCUGCCUUCCCCUCAUCCUGCUCCUGGUCUACAAGCAAAGGCAGGUGGCCUCCAACCGCCGUGAGUAUCCCCGCCUGCCUGGGGUGGGUGAGGGUGCGAGCGAUCUGCCCCAGGCCCCAGCUCAGCGCCUGGGAUUAGCAAAGGCAAGAGGCAGGCACAUUUCCUCUCUGUUCCAGAGAUGGGAGCUGCUAUAGUCCCUGCAAGGAGCUAGGUUCAAUGGUGGAGAGAGGAGGGGACCCAGGUGUGCCACCUGGGGGGCCUGAGUGCCCACCAGCCCCAAGGGGUCCUGGCUCGGCCCUCAGUAAUAUCUGUUGAAUGAAUGAAUAAUCACAUGGAGUAGUUCAAAUUGGUUUAUAAAAUGCUGCCCCUUGGAGAUCCUUUGAGGACCUGCUUUAAUGCAGGGGUAGGCUUGCCUUGUAACCAGCAUUGUAAUUGUCAGGACAAAAAUGACCUUUGGAUUAUCAGAACUGGAAGGGAUCCUGGAGAUAACUUAGUUCAGUUCUUUCAGCAUAUGGCUGAGAAACCUGAGCUUACUAGCGGGGUUAAAUCAUGAACUGAAUGGUAUAUAAGUUAGUAAGUGGCAGAGCUGGGCCUCAAGCCCAGAGCUUUCCACUCAUGCUUUUCCCAGGGAGUGUAAUCCCACCACAUCAUCAGAAUGCUCAUCGGGAUGAGCGUGCUGGCCACCAACCCCUACCUGGGAAGGUUGCUGUGCUGGGCCCCAU